UGUUGAUAGUGUUAGCAAUCAUUGUGAAAAUACAGGUAUUAUUACUAAUGAAAUGGACGCCAAUGUGACACCUCUUAGGAUUGUUGAGUUCCAGAAGAAUGGAAGUGAGCCAAUGGGUAUCACUUUAAAACUCGAUGAAUGGGGUCGUUGUGUUGUAUCCCGUGUAUUGUUGGGCGGACUUAUUGAUAGACAAGGUACAUUACAUGUUGGAGAUAUAAUCACUGAAAUAAAUUGCAUUCCUAUCUCAAAUCAAUCUGUUGAAAGUUUGCAAAAAUUAUUGCGUGAUUCCCGAGGAAAUAUGUUUUCGUUUAAAAUCGUCCCAAACUCACGAAAUCGGGCGCCUUCUUCUCAAUGUGAAAGUUAUUUUAGGGCACAAUUUGAUUAUAACCCUAAAGAAGAUGAUAUGAUUCCCAGUGAAGAGGCGGGACUGGUGUUCAAUACGGGAGAUAUACUACAAGUCAUUUGUAAAGAUGAUUAUUAUUGGUGGCAAUCAAGAAAAGAAGGAGACAAAGGGUCGGCCGGUUUAAUACCUUCACCUGAAUUAGUUGAAUGGCGAACAACACAUGACUUGAAAAAUAAAAAUAAUAAAAAAUCUGAAGCAAACUGUGCUUUCUUUAGUAAAAGUAAACGAAAAGACAAAAAUUGGAAAAGAAAUGCAUUUUUUGAUUUGUUUAAUACUCCGUCUUAUGAAGAAGUGGUGUUUAUGCAGACAUAUCCUCGAAAAACACUUGUUUUGUUAGGCGCUCACGGAAUUGGACGAAGAAAUAUUAAGAACACUCUUAUUAGUCAUUUUCCGCACCGGUAUUCAUACCCUAUACCUCACACGACACGAAGUCCUCGAAAGGGAGAAAUCAAUAAAAAACAUUACUUUUUUGUCACUCAGGAAGAAAUGAUGGAAGAAAUAGUUUGUAAUCAGUUUCUAGAGUAUGGGUUUCAUAAGGAAGCACUUUAUGGUAUCAAAAUCGAUACAAUUCGUCAAAUUAUAUACAACGGACUGACACCUAUUCUAGAUAUUGAACCACAGGCUUUAAAAAUAUUACGAACUCAAGAAUUUGCUCCUUUUGUUGUAUAUAUUGCGGCUCCAAAUGCCAUUAAUAUUGAAGAUAGAGACGGAAGUCUACAGCGAUUAACUCGAGAGAGUCUAUUACUUCAAAAACUAUACAAACAUUACUUUGACUUUACUAUCAUUAACAACGACAUCGAAGAGACAGCGAUACUCGUGGAGAAAGCUUUUAAUCUAAUCCAAGGAUCGGGUCAAUGGGUUCCCUGUUCUUGGGUUUACUGAAAUCAUAACUUAAUCAUUAACUUAUAAUAUUAUA